AUGUCGGCAUCGGCGGCGGCGUCAUCGCCAGGGUCAUCGUCGACUGGUGCGGGACCUAGCGCGCAGGGCUCGCGGUCCUCAAUGGACAACGGUGCUGAGCAGAACAGUGUGGUGAUCAAAGUAGGCAUGUUGGGGGACUCGCAGAUCGGAAAGACGAGUUUGAUGGUGAAGUACGUGGAGGGCCACUUUGAUGAGGAUUAUAUCCAGACAUUAGGUGUGAACUUCAUGGAGAAGACCAUCACAGUGCGGCGGACAUCAAUCACGUUCUCGUUAUGGGACCUUGGUGGACAGCGGGAGUUCGUGAAUAUGUUGCCGCUCGUUUGCAAUGAUGCUGUUGCCAUUCUGUUCAUGUUUGACCUUUCACGAAAGUCGACAUUGAACUCCGUGAAGGAAUGGUACCGGCAAGCUCGCGGAUUCAACAAGACUGCUAUACCUUUCCUAGUCGGAACCAAAUUUGAUACCUUCUCGACUUUCCCUCGAGACGAACAAGAGGAAAUCACGAAGCAGGCAAAGCGGUUCGCGAAAGCCAUGCACGCCUCGCUAAUUUUCUGCUCAACAUCAGCCUCCAUUAACGUGCAGAAGAUCUUCAAGAUCGUCCUUGCGAAGGCGUUCGACCUUAAAUGCGUGAUACCCGAGAUUGACGGCGUGGGAGAGCCCAUUCUCCUCUACGUCGACGCAUAG